AUGAGCGAGACAGAACAUCUAAUUUCAGACGAUGGCAGUGAUUCAUCUGACAAUCCGUCUCCCCUUCAUGACAACUCAGGGGCUCAUGAAAGGACACAAGUCAAUGAUAUAAGAUCAAAUUCAUCUGAUAUCAGGAUUGUUCUGCUGGGUAAAACUGGAUCAGGAAAGAGUUCAACAGGAAACACUAUACUGGGCAGAGGGUGUUUUACGGUGGAUGAUUCACUAGAGUCAUGUACUAAAACCUGUAAGAAAAGAGAAGUACUGAUUGGUAACCAGAGGAUCUCAGUCAUCGACACUCCAGGCCUGUUUGAUACCACAAUGUCUGAACAGGAAGUGGAGCAUGAAAUAAAGAAGUGUGUGGAGAAGUCUCUUCCUGGUCCUCAUGUGUUUCUGCUGGUCAUCAGACUGGACGUGAGAUUCACAGAAGAAGAGAAAAACACAGUGAAAUGGAUUCAGAAGAACUUUGGAGAAGAAGCUGCACGUUACACCAUCAUUCUGUUCACUCACGCUGAUCAUCUGAAGAGAAAACCAUUAGAUGAGUAUAUCAGACAAUCUGAUGCUGUCAAAGCUCUAGUUAAUGAGUGUGAUGGCAGAUUUCAAUCAUUCAACAAUAAUGACAUGCAGAACCGCUCACAGAUCACUGAACUGCUGGAGAAGAUUGAGAAAAUGAAGGAGAAUGGAAUAGGGUACUACACUAAUAAGAUGUACGAAGAAGCUCAGUGGAGAUUAAACGGGGAAAAGUUCUGGUCUGGAAAACCUCGAAUUGUGCUGCUGGGUAAAACUGGAUCAGGAAAGACCAGUGCUGCAGAAACCAUUGUGGGCCGAGAGAGUUUUACUAAAACCUCUAAAAUACAAGAAGCUUGUGUUGAUGGAAAGAACAUGAAAAUAAUCGACACUCCAGGACUGAUUGAUGCACCAGCAAAGAUGAUGACAGAUGAAUUAGAGAAGUGUGUCCACAUGUCUGCUCCUGGUCCUCAUGUGUUUCUGCUGGUCAUCAGACUGGAUAACAGAUUCAAAGAUGAGGAGAAAAACACAGUGAAAUGGAUUCAGAAGAACUUUGGAGAAGAUGCUGUACAUCACACCAUCAUUCUGUUCACUCAUGCUGAUCAUCUGAAGAGAAAACCAUUAGAUGAUUAUAUCAGAGGCAAUCCAGACCUACAGGUAGUUACUGAAGGGUUUGGUGGCAGAUUUCACUCAUUCAACAAUAAGAACAUGGAGAAUCACUCUCAGGUCACUGAACUGAUGCAGAAAAUUAAUGUAAUGGUCGAGAAGAAUGGAUUACUGCACUACACCAUUGAAAUGUACCAGAAAGCUCAGGGAAAUAAGCAGUUCUGGUCCGAGAAACCAAGAAUUGUGCUUCUGGGAAGGACUAGAUCAGGAAAGAGUGCUGCAGGAAAUGCCAUCAUGGGUCAAGAGAAUUUUAAGAGGAGAAAUUCAGCUGAUUUUUCUACUAAAACCUGCAAACUACAUACGGCACAUGUGGCUAGAAGAAGCAUGAAAAUAAUCGACACUCCAGGACUGAUUGAUGCACCAGAAGAGAAGAUGAAAGAUGAAUUAGAGAAGUGUGUCCACAUGUCUGCUCCUGGUCCUCAUGUGUUUCUGCUGGUCAUCAGACUGGACAUGAGAUUCACAAAAGAGGAGAAAAACACAAAGAAAUGGAUUCAGGAGAACUUUGGAGAAGAUGCUGUACAUCACACCAUCAUUCUGUUCACUCACGCUGAUCAUCUUAAGGAACAAUCAUUAGAUGAUUAUAUCAGAGGCAAUCCAGAUCUACAGGCAUUUACUGAAGAGUUUGGUGGCAGAUUUCACUCAUUCAACAAUAAGAACAUGGAGAAUCACUCUCAGGUCACUGAACUGCUGGAGAAGAUUAAGAGGAUCAGAGAAGUAUCAACUUCGUCUGAACUCAGAAUUGUUCUUCUGGGUAAAACUGGAUCAGGAAAGAGUUCAACGGGAAACACCAUCCUGGAUCUGCAGUACUUUGAGACGGGAGAUUCACAAGAGUCAUUUACUGAAACUUGUGAGAAAGGAAAUGUGAGGAUUGAUGAAAGGAGGAUCUCAGUCAUUGACACUCCAGGCCUGUUUGAUACGACACUGUCACACAAGAAAAUGAAGAAUGAAAUAAAGAAGUGUGUGGAGAAGUCUCUUCCUGGUCCUCAUGUGUUUCUGCUGGUCAUUAGAGCGGGGAGAUUCACAGAAGAAGAGAAAAACACAGUGAAAUGGAUUCAGAAGAACUUUGGAGAAGAAGCUGCACGUUACACCAUCAUUCUGUUCACUCACGCUGAUCAUCUGAGGGGGAAACCAUUACAGGAGUAUCUUAGUGAAAACGAUGAUCUCCAGGGUCUUGUUUUUCAGUGUAAUGGCAUAUAUCACUCAUUCAAUAAUGAAGACAUUGAGAAUCGCUCUCAGGUCACUGAACUGCUGGAGAAGAUUGAGAUGAUGGUGAGAGAAAACAAAGGACAGCACUACAGCAAUAAGAUGUACCAGGAAGCUCAGAGAAAGAAACCUUUCUGGACAUCUGAACUCAGGAUUGUUCUGCUGGGCAAAGCUGGA